ACCAUCUGACGGAUACAAGGAAAUAGAAAUUUGUGUCAGUAACAUGCGAGUGUCCGCGCAGCGUUCAAGGUACGUAUCACGUAGAAUAUCUGCGCCGGCAAUACCAGCAGCGAUACACAUCCGAAAAACUCAGCGCUCACCGUGAAGAUUGCAGCGAAGAUUCUUUUCGACGUAACGGAAGCAUCUCUUCACCGCUGAUUGAUACAAUCCUUGGACAUUUUCGGUCACCGUCGUUGCCGCCUACCGUGUAUGCAUGCACUGAUACUUACGAAGGGUGAAAGACAAGAAAUAACGAGAAAUUAACCUCCGAGAUCCACGCCGCACGACUAAUCGUGUCGGUCACAACGAUGUCUUCAUCCGUGCAACGGUGUUCCGCAUUUUUCAACAGUACACUGAGAAAAAGUCUACAGCAUUCCAUAUGCAACGACGCUUCCCUCAGCAUCAGUAGCCGUAGAAAUGACGGGACUAGACGUCUCAUUCAACAAUCGAGAGCCGCAAGUUCACACUCGGUGAACAGCGUCGCUCAGGCCAGAAGUAGAACUGUAACCAGCAGGGAUGAAAGUCGUGAAAUGAUGGCAGUGUGGCCGGACGUAGUAAGGGAUUUGACAGACGCUGGACGUCACCUCGACGUUCCUCAUGCCACUAAAUGGAUGGCGAAGGUUCUGCAGUACAACGUUCCUGGCGGAAAGAAAAAUAGAGGACUGGCCGUUGUCUACGCGUUCAAAAAGCUUGCGAACCAUGAUCAGCUCACCGAAGAGAACAUCAGACUGGCAAGAAUUUUGGGCUGGUGUGUCGAGUUGUACCAGGCAUUUUUUCUGGUGGAAGAUGACAUUAUGGACCGUGCGACUACCAGACGCGGUCAACCCUGUUGGUACCGUCAAAACAACAUAGGUUUGUCAGCGAUUAACGAUGGACUUUUAUUGGAACAGUCUAUAUUCCAGCUACUUCGUACACAUUUCAAGGAUAAAGCGUGCUAUUUGAAUCUCGUUGAGGUAUUCCACGAGAACAUACUGAAAACUACAAUGGGUCAGACUCUCGACUUAAUUUCAACCCAGUUCGGCCAGAAGCCUAAGCUGGAGCUCUUUACAAUGGACCAAUACAAUGCGAUAGUUAAAUAUAAGACUGCUUAUUAUUCUUUUGUCAUGCCAGUUUCUCUCGCCAUGUACUUUGCUGGUAUUACGGACCCUGAAAUGCACAGACAAGCAAAAACGAUUUUGCUUGAAAUGGGCCACUUUUUUCAAGUUCAAGACGACUUUUUAGAUUGUUACGGAGACCCUGAGGUGACAGGAAAAAUAGGCACUGAUAUACAGGAUGGCAAAUGUUCGUGGUUGGCCGUAGUUGCGUUGCAGCGUGCGACGCCUGCUCAGAAAAAGAUACUAGAAGAAUGCUACGGUUCAAGCGAUCCAGCCAAAGUCGACAGAGUAAAGCAAUUGUAUAACAGUUUGGGUUUACAAACUACGUACUCAGUAUACGAAGAGGAAAGUUACAACUUGAUGAAUACUCAUAUUCAACAAAUAUCACGCGGUCUUCCGCACGACUUGUUUUUCAAAUUUCUCGAAAAGAUAUACCGCAGAGACAGUUGAAUUGAGGUCUCAAGUCGUAAAGGCUCAUUUUCUUUUUAUAUAUAAUAAUUUGCUGUUGCAAAGUAUAUGCUAUACCAAAUUGACUUAUAUAUAUAUAUAUAUUAUGUAAAAUGAUUAAUUGAUCACGGUGGUUAAAUAUGUUAUCUCUAGUAGGUAUUUAUCAGAACUAUUUUCACAUUCGUAACUAUAUUGUUCAAUUAUUUUU